AUGCCUUUCUGCUCAUGGUGCAUUUCUAAUAAGACAACCAGCAGUGAUGACGGCGCAGAGGAAGGUUCAGCUCCUACUAAGAAACGGGCUUCCGGGAAAUCAAGAGAGCAAGAAGGUGUAAAGACGCCGGAGGAAAUCUUCGACACAUAUGCCGACGCCAAUGACCCUCAAGCAAUGGGUGCAGAAGGACUUGAGCGACUGUGUAAUGACGCUAAUAUUCCAAUGGACGGUGCCCGUCCACUGUUGCUCUCCUGGCAACUCGACGCGAAGGAGCUCGGGACCUUCUCACGCGACGAGUGGAUAAAUGGUAUGAAUGAGUUGCAAAUAAGGAGUCUUGAUUCAUUAGCCGACGCCCUCAUCGAUCUGGAAGAGCUGAUAGUGUUGCGCAAGCCUCCUCCAGCCAAGCCGACUGAACGAUCCAUCUCAAAAGGAAUUAAGUCAAAGUCCGCGCCACCCGCUAUUGAUAAGUACAAGAAGGACCGUUAUUGGAAAUACGCGGCGACUGUCGACUCAGCUUUCUCGGAGUUUUACGGCUUCUGUUUCACACUUGUCAAGAAAGAGGGUGCUCGCAGCAUAGAUAUGGAUUAUGCUUGCGCCUUCUGGUCGGUUAUUCUAGCACCGACAUAUCCCCUCAUGUCGGAAGUCAUAGAUUUCAUAAAUGACAGAGGGACGUAUAAGGGUGUUAACAAGGACCUAUGGACUAUGAUGAAGGAGUAUUGUGAAUCGGUAACUCCCAAUCUGGAUGGCUACGAUAGUGAAGGGGCUUGGCCCACCUUACUCGACGACUUCGUUGAAUGGAAGAAGGGGAAAGCCGGUAGCAGCGCCGGAUCCGAUCCCGAAAACGCUCGGCCCCCUUCCACCUGA